GGCAUUUAUCGUUGCGCAGCACUGCACGCCACACGUGUUUAUAUUUGCUUGUGAAAAAGUCGCACUUUUUAUAAAUCGUUAAAAAUGUAUCUUAUGUACACAAUUGGUGAAAACGGUGAGCGCAUCUAUACUCUGAAGAAACGUACGGAGGACGGUCGCCCCACCUUGUCCGCACAUCCAGCUCGUUUUUCACCUGAGGACAAAUAUUCCAGACAGCGCAUUACCAUCAAGAAACGUUUUGGAUUGUUGCUCACACAGAAGCCGGAGCCCAUCUAUUAAGCCACAGUUUAGGUUUAAAUUAGCUUAUGUAUAUUUACAAACUAUAAUUAAACAAAACAAAAACAUUUCAAA